AAACAGAAGAAAAAAAAAAACAUUAUAUAACAACCCCCAUCGCUGAUCCGCAACAGAAGUAACAGAAAUCAAACGGCGGAGCAAAAACAGGGAUUUUCCCCCUUUCUCAAUUUCUUUUUUGGGUUCGCUCAGCGAUCAGCAUUGACUUGACAAGUGGUCUUCGGAUUCCUCUGGAGAAGUAGACGAAGAGGGUGUGUGAGAGAGAGGAAGAUGGGAACCAUCCCUCACCUGCUCCCUUCGCAACUUCCGCGCAAGCUUCCUGUUUCUGCCCUCUGAAAUUCGUUUUCCCAGCGACGAUGACAGUCGAAGGAGAAGAUGUGGAGAAUCAGCGGCCACCGCGGGUGAAGGGUGUAGUCAUCAUCUCGCUUCCUCCUCCUGAAAACCCUUCUGCGGGCAAAACCAUCACAGCUUUCACGGUAACCGACGACGAUUACAACAAUGGCGACGAAUACCUACAAUUUCAGCAAACCAUUCUCCAGGGAGAUAACCCACAUCAAGAAGAACAAGGUCGAAUGCCGAUCCAACAACCGCCACCGUCGUUGCGGAGUUCUCCAAUCCGCUUCCCGUUUGCGAGUCUCUUUCUGGGUAUCUCGCUCCUCGGCUUGGUCAUCUACGCCUCGCUUUUUACCGAUACCCUUCAGGAGUUGAAGCGCUCCAAGGACGAUCAAGAGCAGCGGAAGUCGUUCUUGUUGCCCUUGUAUCACAAGGGUGCAUCUGCGCCAGUUUUGGAGGAAGGAGUUGUAAAUACAAUUGAGAGAUUUGUGUAUAAGGAGAAUUCAGUGGCAUCGAUUGGUGCUAUGAUCGAACCGAUGCAAGUCAAUAAGUUGUCUUCUUCAAGUGCUGUUGAAGUGGGGAUGCGAUCAUCAUCAUCAUCGCCACUGUUUCCCGUCAGAGGGAACAUUUUUCCAGAUGGCUUUUACUACACGUACAUUACAAUUGGAAGCCCUCCAAGGCCUUACUACGUUGAUAUUGACACAGGAAGUGAUUUGUCAUGGAUUCAGUGUGAUGCUCCCUGUACUAGUUGUGCAAAGGGAGCAAAUGAUUUGUACAAGCCCCAAAAAAGCAAUAUCGUGCCUCCAGAAGAUUCAUUUUGCCAGGAAGUUCAGAAGAAUAUGAAGGCUGAAAAAUGCGAAGCAUGCAAACAAUGUGACUAUGAGGUCGAAUAUGCAGAUCAUAGCUCCUCCUUGGGAGUUCUUGCGAAUGACGAACUUCAUCUAAGUAUAGAAAAUGAGGAAUCCUCCAAGUCCAAGUUUACUUUCGGCUGCGCAUAUGAUCAGCAAGGCUCCCUUUUGAACACUCUGGCAAGGACAGAUGGAAUUCUGGGAUUGAGCAGAGCCAAAGUUAGCUUACCUUCUCAGCUGGCAAGCCAAGAGAUUAUCACCAAUGUGGUAGGACAUUGCCUUACCACUGAUGUAGAUGGCGUUGGGUAUAUGUUCUUAGGUGAUGAGUUCCUACCUCAAGGAGGUGUGCAAUGGGUUCCUAUGUUCGGCGUGCCUUUCACGGACUUCUACCAGGCACAGAUCAUGAAGUUGAGUUAUGGAAGCAGAUCCCUGAGUUUAGGUGGCCAAGACAACAGACAUAGACGAGUAGUGUUUGAUAGUGGUAGUUCUUUUACUUAUCUGCCAAAAGAUGCAUAUUCUGAACUAGUUGCUUCUCUCAAGGAAGUCGCCAAGGUAGGGCUAACCCAAGAUACUUCAGACCAGACACUGCCUCUCUGCUGGCGUGCAGAAUUCCCAAUUAGGUAACAACUGGUUUCAGAGAGGGUGGUUAACUAUUUUCUGACCUACAAGAGUGCCUAUUCUAGAUGUAAUUUAGUAUUGCACAAGAAGCUCGUGUUGCAAGGUAACGAGAUGCGGAAGGAAAUGGUUGGAGUUGUUGGUCAAAACUCGGAACAUACUAGUUGCCAUGUUCACCAUAGCUGCUGAAGCCUAUAUGUGUUGGGCCUUCUAAUCGUCACCGCCAUAUUCAUGGGUCUAGCAGAGACAAUUUUUCUAUUUUUGCAUUUACCUUAGACUGAUUGAAGUAAUUUGCUUAUGGAAGAGAUGCUCUGCAGAUCUGUUGCAGAUGUAAAGCAGCACUUCAAGACUUUGACCCUUCAGUUUGGAAGCAAGUGGUGGAUUAUCUCUAGGAUGUUUCGAAUCCAUCCAGAGGGCUACUUGAUUAUUAGCAAAGGAGGCAAUGUAUGCUUGGGUAUACUCGAUGGAAGCGAAGUUCUUGAUGGUUCCACGAUCAUACUAGGAGAUAUAUCGAUGAGGGGGCAGCUGGUGGUGUAUGAUAAUGAGAAGAACAGAAUUGGGUGGAUGCAUUCAGACUGCGCCAAGCCUAAGAGAUCGUCGGACAAUGUGUCCCUCUUUGAAGGGUAAGCUAAUAAGUAAUAACAUAGUAUCCGCUCAAUGCACCACCCUUAUCCAAUACGAGUCUGUAAAUUCAGUGUGCAUAGUGGAAUAUAGCUCAAGACGAUUUUUUAAUCAUGUAUGUAUAAUUAGUACAUCCCAGGAUUAUUUUUGUCCUUCAAGUCACGAUGAGCAUGGGAAUGGAAUUUUGUACAAUUAAACUUAGGUUAAACUUAGCUAUAAUUUGAAACCUCGGUCCAUUUUGGAGGUGUGUAAAUUUGAUAAGGUAUAUGCAAACUAAGGGUAGUUUUGCCACAUCUAGUUUUUCUAUGUUAAAUAAAGUUUGCACCCAACUUUUGGUUGA